GCAUUUAUUGUUGUUUUUAUUUCCAUGUAGAAACUACAAUUAAUAAAAUAAUAAGCAAUAAUAGCAGUGUUCCAAAAUCGACCCACGCUGAAAGCUGUUGAACCAACUGUGUUAGCACAUUUUAGCCCAUGAGGUCUGUCGCUGAUCGUUACUCUAACACUCACCCAAAACAAACAAACUAAAAAGUUAUUUUUCACAAGUCUUGCUGUUUGAUCCCAUUAUUUUCACUGAAAAUUAUUAUUUUCAGGUCAUUCUACAGCACACAGUGAUAGUUCAGACAAUGGGCUCGUUUUAUGGCAGGAGUACAGGGAGUAAUCUUUAUUAUUUCAGGAAUCAGGGAACUAGCUAACACAGAGUCAAAGUGCAUGAUAUAGGCUUCUGGCUGCUCAACGGUCCCGAGUAUUCUUUAUCAUAUUUUUCAUUUCAUUGCAGGAGGUUCAAUAUUGUCUUGCUGAAAUAUGUAAGACCUCACCUGCAAAUGACAUCAUGUGGAUUGGAGAAAAUGUUGCUCUACAACCUGUUUAAGACUUUUAGCAUUCAUUUCCAGAUGUGCAAGUUGUGAAUUCCAGGCUUUUUCAGACAUGAAUGCAUUCCCAUACCAUCAGAGAUGCCCCCGUCUGUUUGGAGAAGAUUGAGUAUCCAUGUUUUCCAAAAGGAACUUCAAAUUUCAAUGUGUCUGACCACAGAACCGUUAUACGAUUUGGCUCAGUCCUUUUGGAAUUAGCUUUGGAUCACUGAGUUUCUGGGUUUCUGGUUUGUGUCCACUUAUGGCUUCUUAGAGCUUUAGCCUGCACUUGUGAAUAGCACAACAAACUGUGUCCACAGACAGUCAUUUCUGGAGGUUUUUGAUGCAGUGACUUCCAUGACAGAACCAUGUCCAUUUUUUAAUGCAGUGCUGUCUUAUGGCCCGAAGAUCACAGCCAAUCAGUACUGAUUUUCAGUCUUUUCCUUUGCACAGAGAUUUCUUGAAAUUUCUCUAAAUCUUCUGGUAAUAUGAUGAGAUAUUCAAAGUCUUUGCAGUUUUACACUGAGGAACAUUGUUUUGAAAUUGUUCCACAAUUUGUUAAUGUGUUUUUCCCUUCUUUUUUUAUUGUUCUUUUACUUAUUGGUGAAUCUCGACCCAUUUUGACUUCUGAGAAACUCUUUCUGUCUGAGAUGCUCGUUUUAUAGCCAGUGAUGUUGCUCACAUGUUGCCAGUUAACCUGAUCAGAUGCAAACUUUUCCUAAAUCUGCUUUUGUCACCCCGUCCCAACUGUUCUGAUAUUUGACAUGUUUUCUAAAAUAUGGGUUUAUGAGAUUGCCAAAUAAUCGCACUCUGUUAUUUAUUUAUAUUUUACAUAGUACCCCAAACUUUUUAGGAAUGUAUUUAGAUUUAAAUGAGCUCGAUCAUUUAGGAUAAAAUAAAGUUAUUAUUUAAACGCUGGAUCGAUGAAGGUGAAAGGAUGCUUGGAGUUGCAAAGCGCAACAAAUCUAAUGUAAACUCCACAGUGAAAUCCACGAGGCUAUUAUUAGAAAGUUGCGUCACGGCAAGGUACAGAAGCCCCCCCGUCUGUGUGUGUGUGCAGGCGAACAUCAUUAUCAGCACCGCAGUCAGCGGAGCGCUGAUGGUCCCUCCUUCUUCCACAUGGACCGGAACCGCGCUGCACGUGACCCGGAGACCGUGGACUAAGAGAGCUUCUCACACCGCAUCAUGGCUGCAUCCGAUGCGGCCGCGCGAUACCGAGCCGUCUCCCUGCUCUGCUGCGGGGCUCCGCUCUCUCUGAGCCGGCUGCUCCUGCUCCUCUGCACCUGUUCGCUGCUGCCAGCCCCGGCACUCGGCUUGCUCGGCUUCCGACCAGAGGAGACCGGGGCGGAGCUGUCCGUGGAGGACGGGGUGCUGAAAGCCACCGAGGGGACUCGCUUCAUACUUCGGGUGUACUAUUCCACCUCCUCGCAGAGACUCAACCGUGCUCGUGCCAACAACGCCGCGCCCUGGAUCGCCUUCAUCGAAGAGCCAGCUCCCGGCAGAGAGGGGCAAGUUCACCCGAAGCGGAACAUGUGCAUGGACAAGAACGCCAGCACCUCCGACAUCGAGGUUUUGGGCUCUUUCAAGUCUGCUUCCAGUCAGAACUCGGUGCUGGUGGAGCUGCUGGCCAAAGACCUGAGGAGAGGGGAGAAGAUUAAAUAUUAUUCCAUGUGCGCCUUUGACGGAUCCAAAUGGGAACACUACCGGACGAGAGAUUUCUGGGUGGCCGUGAAGGAGCGCUCUGCAGUGCCGGAGCUCUGGCUGCAAGUGCUGGUCUCCGUCCUCCUGCUCGGGCUGUCAGCUCUGUUCAGCGGGCUGAACUUGAGCCUGCUGGCGCUAGAUCCAGUGGAGCUACAGGUCCUCCAGAACAGCGGCACCGACACCGAGCAGAACUACGCGCGGAAAAUCGAGUCUGUGCGUCGGCACGGUAACUACGUCCUGUGCACUUUACUGCUGGGGAACGCGAUCAUAAACGCCUCGCUCGCCGUGUGGAUGUGCCAGAUACUGGGCAUGACCUGGCUCUCCACGGUCAUCUGCGCCUUCGGGAUCUUCUUCAUCGGGGAGAUUCUUCCACACUCGGUCGCAUCGCGCCACGGCCUGGCCAUCGCGUCCAAAACCAUCUGGGUGACACGGCUGCUCAUGGUGCUCUCCUUCCCCAUCUCAUACCCCAUCAGCAAGCUGCUGGACCUCAUCCUAAACCAGGAGAUUUCCAACUUCUACACCAGAGAAAAACUCCUGGAAAUGCUGCGAGUCACUGACCCGUACCACGACCUGGUAAAAGAAGAGCUCAACAUCAUCCAGGGAGCACUAGAACUGCGCACCAAAACCGUGGAGGACGUCCUGACCCCGCUGACCGACUGCUUCAUGCUGGCCUCGGACGCGGUGCUGGACUUCAACACCAUGUCCGAGAUCAUGCAGAGCGGAUACACGAGGAUUCCGGUAUUUGAGAACGAGAGAUCCAAUAUUGUGGACAUUCUGUUUGUGAAGGACCUGGCGUUUGUGGACCCGGACGACUGCACCCCCCUGAAGACCAUCACCCAGUUCUACAAACACCCGCUGCACUGCGUCUUCAACGACACUAAACUGGACGCCAUGCUGGAGGAGUUCAAGAAAGGCAAGUCCCACCUCGCCAUCGUGCAGCGCGUUAACAAUGAGGGUGAGGGUGACCCUUUCUACGAGGUGAUGGGCAUCGUGACCCUGGAGGAUGUCAUUGAGGAAAUCAUCAAAUCAGAGAUCUUGGAUGAGACAGAUCUCUACACUGAUAAUCGCACAAAGCGUCGUGUUUCUCAUCAUGAGCGAAAGCAGCAGGACUUCUCCAUCUUCAAACUGUCAGAAAAUGAGAUGAAAGUGAAGAUUUCCCCCCAGCUUCUCCUGGCAACACAUCGUUUCCUCUCCACAGAGGUGGAGCCCUUCAAACCAACACACAUCUCAGAGAAGAUCUUAUUGAGGCUCAUCAAACACCCCAGUGUGGUUCAAGAACUCAAGUUUGAUGAGAAGAACAAGCGAGCCUCUCAGCACUUCCUGUUCCAGCGCAACAAACCAGUGGACUAUUUCAUCCUAGUGCUACAGGGUCGAGUUGAAGUAGAGUUUGGUAAGGAGGCACUGAAGUUUGAGAAUGGAGCGUUCUCUUAUUUCGGGGUCCCGGCCAUCAUGCCAGCAGUCCACAGAUCGCCCUCUCGUAGCAGCGGUUUGGACCGCUCUGAGUCGAUGCUCUAUGGGGGGAAGCAUGAGCCAGCUGAAUGGAGGGGGGGAGUCUACCUGCCAGACUACUCUGUAAGGCAGCUCACUCACCUUCAGCUCAUCAAGAUCACCCGGAGUCACUACCAGAAUGCAGUAACAGCUACCCGGAUGGACAGCUCCCCUCAGACCCCUGAUGCUGACACCCGUCUGACAGAAAGCAACUCCCCGACCCCCGGGCCUCCAGCACCAGAGCCCACCACCACCACACUGAUGCCCCCAGAGCACACUACUGCCACCCUUAUGCCCCCACCCAGGGAGACCAGUCGGCCCAGUUCAGCCCGAACCCGGGGACAGCAGUCCAGUGUACCGCACAGCACCUCCCUGCUCAAUGAGAAGAACCGCAUUGUCCGCAGCAAGUCUGAUGGCCAGAAGAGUCCGAGUGAUUCGGUGUUUCUGAGGAUGGAUGAGAUCCCCUACAUCAGAGAGGACAGAUGUGAGCCUGACAGACAUGCUGACAUGGCCUCUGUUCCCAUAGAAACGGACACAUCCCCUUUCAUCAGCAGCCUGUCGCUGAGUGGUUCAGAGGACACACUGGGCAAGAAACUGCUGCUCAAACUAAGCCACAAGAAGAGGAAAAAAUCUCGUGAAGGGGAAAAGACACCAGAGGACAUUUCAGAGCAGCCGCUGGUGAAAACCUAGCAGACUGUGUGUGAAACAGACCUGAAUACACUCCAUCAUGUGAUGGUUCUUUAAGCUGUUUGUAAAGACAAAUGUGGCUGCUGAAUUACAGCUCUCAGAGUUUUAUCUGAAAACACACUCCAAAAGCCCGCACUGUUGGAGACCGUAAAGUGGGCCUGUUUCCAGGAAUGCACAGAACCUGUGGGUGGAAGACACCAUUCUAACAAGAAGUGGGGGUGCAGCUUUAGCAACAUGCACCAAACCCUCAGCUCUUUAAUUCACUGUAUCAAAAAACACAAGCUUCAGCACUAUGCCAUGGCUUCUCAUCUCCAGGCUCUUGUGUGGAUGCACAUGUAUAAAGAAAAGACUGUGAAUGUAAAAGAUUUAUAGAAAAAUAGUUUUUUUUUUUUUUAUACUACUCACGUAAGACUACUUCUUCAAUGGAGCUAAAGACACUGAUGUUGCACGGGAAACAGAGGGAAGACACCAAAGAUGUUGCUGUUUUGUACGUACUGCUCCAAAAUGCACAAGUGAAAUUAUAGUAAAGGUUCUUUUAAAGGCUGCCUGAUUAGCACCCAUUAUGUAAUAAUUAGAGUUUCAGCCUACAGUGCAGAAAUAUUGUCUUUUCGCAUUUUAUUUGUUAACACUUGCAUUUCAUAUGCAGUCAGUCACAAAUUUUUCCACUAGUCGCUCACAAAAUGUGGUCACACUGGUUAAAUAGCAUACAGCGAUUUCUGAUGGUAUGGAGGCCCAGAAGUGCCAACAGAAAAAAACAAAGAAAGAACAAAAUGAAAACAUCAUCAAACAUUGCUGAUGCUUGUGUGGUGUAGGCUAUUACAGCAGCGAAUUUAUAUCCAUAGUUUUGGAUGAAUGGCAUGUUCGAAUAUAAUUUGAACCUUUCGAUGUGCCCACGUGUUUCUACCCAUGCGGUGAAUCAAUUCAGUAGAUGAAGAGAAAUAUAUGGUUAUGAUAAUAUAUUUUUCAACUGCAUGUGAGUAUUACGAUUGGAGCUCUAAACCAUCGCUGAGUCUGAGAACCAUUUAAGUGUCUGUAAAACGUGGGCUGGAGACAAAUCUACUAACUGUUGAGUGUCGAACACAAAGUCAUUCCCUGUCUUGCUGAGAGCGAUUAGCUCAGCUUGGCCUAAAUCCUGGAGUCUGGUGCAAUUUGCUUUAAGCGGCUAAAAUCAGUGUUUUGUUGUGGUAACAAUAAAACAUCCCAUGCAGAGGUGUUAGCAAAGGGCUAGUGAGCAUUUAGACUCAAAACGCUGGUAGACACUAUGGCCAAAAAAUGGCCACCAUGAUGUCAUCUAUUUGUUAGAGAAGUCUCAUUGUUGGGGGUUAUGCGGGUUUCAUGGAAGUCAUGUUUUAAACUCAUGGCUGAAAACAUCAGGAAAGUGUUUUUUUGGAAAUAAUCCAGCAUUUAAAUAUUGUUCUGCUCUGAUGUUUGCUACAUGUGCUGCAGGCAGUGCUGAGUGUAUGAGAAACAGUGGCAGCUGAGCCACAGAGCCAAAGACCACACCAGGCAGUGUUCUGGCUCUAAUAUAAGAGGAUGUAAUGAUUAUAUAACUCUCCUUAAACGUUGUUAGCGGAGGUGGAGGAGUGUCUUUAAAAGGCUUUGUUUGUUUUUCUUUUUGCUGCAUGUAUCCACCUACAGUUUGUAUGACAGCAGUGCUGAAAACACCCAGUGCCACAGUUUGUGGAUGACGUCAUUGCUUGAAAUCAUGCUCCUUCUUGGUUUUGAUAGUUGAGACAUCUCGCUUUUUUGAUCACUUUCAUGAAGUAUAAUAUCCUGCCACUCUUAUUGUGUAGGAAAAUGAUUCAGUCAUAAUAGCAUGCAGGCCCUGGAGGUUUACUGCUGACUGUCUGAAGGCCCAAAUCAUUCAGGGUUUUCCUGAUCUGUGCAGAGCUGCUUCUGAACCUGCGCUCUCUGUUUGUCUACAUGGUGCAGCAGGGAUGGGAUGGAUGGGUGUGGCACUGUCUCACUGAGGUUCAGGAUCAGAUUUGUGCCACUGCAGCACAGACCUGGAGCAGGAGGAGGAGGAGGAGGAGGAGGAAGGAAUGUGAAAAAAAGGAAAAUGCACUUAAAGGCCUAAAGUUUGAUGUCAGACUCACCAAUACAGUUUUGUUUCCUGACUGAAGCCACUUUGCUGCAUUACUUUGUAAAAUGUUAUCGUGCUGCAUCAUCUGCACUUAAAAACCCUACUUGCAUAAUUGGGGGAGGGGAGGAUUAAAUUCCUUGAUUUGUUUAAAUUGAAUUUUGAAAGACAGUCAACAAAUUAGUGAGAAGCAAUAGCGUCAAACAGCCUCGCCCAGCAGUACAAAUUCAUAUUUAGGAAGUAGUGGGAGGGGUGCUUUUUAACUCUGCUCAUUGGUUAAUGUAAUAGGAGGCCAGGGAGAGAGAAACAUCCCUCCUGGGUACAAUACAUGAAACCUGCUGAGUCAUUUUGCUGCAUUGGGGCACCAGCCUCAGCCAAUCAGCAGCAUCCUUUGAGGUCAAAUCCAGACAAUAACAGAUUCUGCUGCAGGAUGUUGUUGAUUUGUUAGGUCAGUUCAUGCUUCCUGCUGUACAUCUAUUUGAGCUUUGGAGAUCAAGAUGCACUCAUAACAUGUCUGAGAUCUGUUCUGUAUAUUCACUGUUUCUGCUAUGAGACAAGGUAACAUCAGCUGAUCAGUGCAAAUUUGUUCUCAGCUGUUUUCACUGUAUUUUCUAACAGAAGGAGCCAAGUUGCAGACAUGUACAGACAGGAUUUCCUUGGAAAUAUGAGUUUAAUACUUGUAAUAUAGAAAAGCAACUAUGUGAUGUUUUUUGUAUCAGAAUAUACAAAAAUACAGAGUUCCACAAAAUACUGAA